UUUCUAUCGCACUGCGUCGUGCGCGAGUGGAAUAAACUACCACAAACAGUAAUAAAUGCUCCUUCAGUGAAUAGUUUUAAAAACAAACUUGACAAACAUUUCAAAUUACCAAAAUGAACAUUAAUCGUACAAAAAAAAACAAGUGCAGUGAUAUACACGCAUCAGCUUUCAGCUGCCAGUGUAUUAAACAAUAAAUAAAUAAUAAUAUAAUAUAAUAAGGAACCUCACGCCGCUCUCCUUGGUAAACGAGAACUGGCGCAAACCUGUGGUACUAAGUACUGCGGAUCGCAAGGCGGCAUGGGAGAGUAAGGUGCUACACGGGCGGUUCUACAAGGCCCUCACGGGACCCGACGUGGACCUGCUCGCGUCGGUGAACUGGUUACGAUUCGGGGACCUCUUCGGAGAAACCGAAGGUUUUGCCUGUGCAAUUGCGGACGAAGUGAUGAUGACGAACAACUAUCGGAAAUAUAUCCUGAAGGACGGUACGGUCGACAUUUGUCGGGCAUGCCGCCGUCCCGGAGAGUCACUCAGGUAUAUCAUUUCCGGUUGUUCUCAUCUUGCUAACGGCGAGUACUUGCACAGACAUAAUCUCGUAGCCAGGAUUAUUUACCAGCAACUUGCUCUUCUAUACGGCCUUGUGGACCGCGAAGUACCGUACUACAAGUACUCACCUGCGCCAGUUCUCGAAAAUGGUCGUGCCACGCUCUAUUGGGAUCGAUCUAUUAUUACUGACAGGACUAUUGUAGCCAAUAAGCCUGACAUCGUGAUAAUAGAUCGAUCGCAACGCCGGGUCGUGCUCGUCGACAUCACCAUCCCCCAUGAUGAGAAUCUCGUGAAAGCCGAGAAGGACAAGUCCAGUAAGUACCUAGACUUGGCUCACGAGAUAACCGCCAUGUGGGAUGUUGAUUCGACGAUCAUUGUCCCGAUAGUCGUGUCAGCGAACGGUCUCAUAGUGAAGAGUCUCGACCAACACCUAGAGAGACUCUCGCUAGGUGGCUGGAUCAAGGGUCAGAUGCAGAAGGCAGUAAUUUUGGACACGGCGCGUAUAGUACGUCGGUUCCUCUCUCUGCGGCCCUGACCACCGGCAGCUUGGGCCCUGCCCCGCUGCUGGCGGCACCCUAGGUUAGGUUUUUUAUAAUGUGUUUAUAUCUUUUGUAUUGUUUUGUAAGUGUUUUUAUAUUUUACUUUUAUAUCCAUAUUAUAAAAAAUCCUAACCUAAGAUAUUGAAUGAAUAAAGAGAGUAAUAUAAUAAUAUGCCCUAUGAAGAAAGACUGCACUUCCUGAAGCUCACAACCUUGAAAGAGCGCAGAAAACGUGGAGACCUAAUUGAGACAUACAAAAUACUAACCCAACACUAUGACCUCAAAGAUUUUCAUAAAAUGCUAGAGCGCAAUAACAACAACCGUCUGACAGGUCAUCAGUAUAAGCUGGUGUCUCACAGGUCCUACAACAAUCCUCAUAGACACUUCUUUAGCAACAGAGUGGUCAAAACUUGGAACAAACUCCCAGAGGAUAUAAUAUCGGCCCAAAGUGUCAAUGAGUUUAAGAAUAAAUUAGAUGUGCACAAUGCAAAUUCUACUCAACACUGAAAACUUUAUUGAUGACUCUGGAUACAGGCAUUAUCAGUUUUUUCAACUGCCUGCCUGCUUUACAAAUAAUAAUAAUAAUAAAGAGUAUAAUAAUAAUAUUAUUUUUAAGGAAAAAUUAAAUAAUGAAAUUAACAAUUUUUAUAACAUAAACAUUUUUACCUACCAAUAAUAUUAUUUAACACUGAUUUUUUAUUUUUAUUUAUUUAUUUUUAUUUUUAUUUGAAUAACAAUUUUGUGUUUUGUUUUCCUAAUUUUAGGUCAGUUAUCAUCAAUUUCUUAAAUAAUUUAAAAUUAUAAGAAAAUAUAUUUGAAAAUACUAGAGCGGGUCAGACGAUUUUAGCGAUCCGUAAGCGCGUGGCAGGGGUAACAAUAUAGCGCGACCAAAUGUCAAAAA